AUGGUACGGCCCUCGGCGGUCCGGCAGCUGCCACCCCAGACUAACCAGACUCAACAGCCGGCCUUCCAGGCCAUCAACCUCGAGCCGGAGGAAAACGUCGACGAGCAAAUCGACACCACCAAGGAGCUUCACGUCGACGAGGCGCUCAAGCGUUUCCAGACGGCCCUGAAGCUCCACGCCCAGGGCCCUCGAGCUCGCGCGGCUGCCGGUGAAGCCUACCAGGAUUUGUUCCGCUCUGAAAUCUUCACUUACCGAGAGGCCAAGACCGACUACGAGCGAGCCGACCGCCAUGCCGACGCUCAACCUGCAGACUCACCCCUCGAGCCCUUUGCAGCCGGACUCGACAUCGAGGCCGUCGGUGGCGAUGGCGUUGUCGACAGCCUCUCCCAGGCGCUCUAUCUCUCGUACAAGAACUACGGCCAGUUCCACUUGGACAAGCUCAAGGACCAGAUAACGUUCGAUCCGCAAUGGAGCAAAGCGCGCGUACGCUAUCGCGACGACGAGGGCAAGCCCAUCAUAGACAACUGGAUGGCCGCCCUCGACCAGGACCCUUCAGAUCCCGAGUUGUGGAGGCGCACGGCCCGCUUCGCCGGCUCCAUGAACAGCGGCAGGGUAAAGCGGUACUGUCUUGAGGCUGCCGUCGAGCUGGACGACGAUCCCGCCGCCAUGGAUGUUGAGCCUCCCUCUCUCGCCGAGGGGCUGGCCGGUGAACAGCUGAAAGACUACCUUCGCACCCUCGACGAUGCUAUGGCUCUUUCACACCCCAUUAUGAAGCCAUGGCUCAACAAGCAGGUGCCGACCUUUAUCAGACGCCACUUGGAUCCAAUCCCCUUCCUGCCGGAUCCAACCGCAGAUCUGACUCCCCCUGUGGACCGAUCGGGCAACGAUGAGACUCUAUCCGAUGCGCCCACCCUCAGCGCCGACUCUCAGGACCGCGACGAUGAGUCCCCUGCAAAAACCGUCUCGUCAUGGCCUGAGCUCGGGUUGAAGCUGAUGAAAUGCUUACAAGACACCAGCGGUGCCUUGCGAGCCUGUCAGUUGGUGCGAAAAGCAGCUCAAGCCCCAGAAGUGUGCUCGGAAGAAAGCGGCGAGCAAAAGAAGCCCGAUGACCAAGACAAACCGCUCGACUCCGAAGAGCGCGAUUCUAAGGACAGGCCCAAGACCAAAGGCCCGGCAAAAGAUGGGCAAGCGUCCAAAGUCGCAAAUGGCGCUGCCAAGGCUGCCGAGCAGUUCCAGAAGGAGCGCGAGACAUCGGCUUCGACCCGAAAACGCUCGCAAUCUGUUGCUGGCUUGCCCGAUGGAGCGGACGAAGACAACGGGAUCGAGAAGAGAAGCAAAAGGGUGCGCAGGAGAACUGACGUCAAGGAAGCCGAGGAAACGGCCGAUCCGAGCUUGCUCAUCGCGAGCCAGCUCCAGCCCUACCAGGACGCUGACUUGAAUCUGUUCCGGUUGACCAAGAAUAUCCUGGAAACCCUGGGCGUUGAUGACCGCGAUACGCUGGAUUUCCUGCAGGAACUUCUCGACUCGUGCGCUGUUGAAGAUCGCACCUCGAAUAUCACUAAUUUGGGCGCAAAGGACUUGCGCAGCGUCAUAGCCGCCUUCAGCGAGGACACGGCCAUGGUUCUCCUCAACAAGAAGGAGCAGGCGACCUUGGGUCUCUCGUCAUUCCUCGAGCAUGCCAAGACUGGAUCUCAGGAAAAGCCCAAGCUCCCGGCUUUUGUCGAAGACCACGGGCUGGUGGCCUUCACUGACAGAAUCUCCCAGUGCGCCUCGUGGAUGACCAGCGACGACAUUACUUUCGAAUGGGUACGAGCCGUCAGCCAAAGCUAUGCGACCUCUACUUGGUCAGACACCAUGAAGGUGACAGUGGUGCAGAUGCUUAACCGCGUCGACGCAGUCCUGUACGAGCGCAUCUCCGGCUGCUUGGAACUGUCGCCUGCUUCCCCCGAGAAGCUUGCGAGCCUGGAAACGAUGAUAGCCAUGCUAUUUGAGCUCCAUGUCGACAUCUACGAGAGAAUAACAAACCCAAGCAGUGCUGUCGACUACGCCACGCGCAUGGAGACCAAGUACCGAUUGGGCCGGUGGAUGGACGUCGCGUCGACAUAUAUGCACCUUGUCGACCGGUCUGACAGCGACCCCCUCUGCAUCCGCUUCCUGUGGGCGUCCAUCAUGACAUCGUCGCUGGCAGACAGCCCGGUCCGUGAGCACAUUCUUCUCCUGUGGACCUCCAUCCGUGACUUCUUAACUGCCGAGGGCGUUGACCAAAUCAACCUUCCAAACAAUGUCGUUAUGCCAUCGAUAUCAGCUGCAGCCGCCGACCGCGAAAUUUCCAAACUGACGACCAUGGACUUUUUCCUCGGCCUGUUCCAGGAGGAAAUGGAAGAUCCUGUGCAGGUCAUUGAGACGCUGGAGCCUGUCCUGAACCCGUCGUCUGCAUAUACGUCUGCAGACGGUGCAGGGAGCCCGGAGGAUGCCGCAUCGUCUCCUUUGUCGAGGGAAGGACGACAUGUACCAGUGUCGAAAUGCGCAACGCAGGGCCUCCGUGAUCUAUGGAAGUUUUUGUCGAGCAGCAGCACGGAGCUGCGACUCUUCUUGUGGUCACGGCUGGGAGAUGCGUAUGCGGCCAUACAAUAUCACACGAAGCAGCUUUCUUGCGUCCUCAAGAGUAUCGAGAUGAUCAUGGCCGACCUUGCAGGCGAAACCUACGUCGAAACCCCAGACGAGUCGAGGAGGCUCCUCUUCAUGAGGACCUUGAAGUCUUUGGACGAACUGCUCAUUGAGGCACUGUCAAUGGGGCUGAACGAAGGCGACGCCUUUGAGAUUAUUGACCAGGACCACAUCAGGUCCAGCGCCAGCGCUCUGGCCAAGCUGGGCGGCAUCCUUCACAUUGCGUCGCUCUGCGAAGAUGAGGCUCGCAUCGGCAUCACUGCCGCACCGUCGAACAAUGCCACUUUUACGUCCUUGGUCAACAAGUUGCGACAGAUGCAGGUCCGCAUCUGGUGCAUGCAGUAUACCUUGUUCAAGGCCGGGCUUCCUCAACAAGAUGGCGUGUUGUCUCUUGAAAAUGACCUCGCUGACUUCCUCGCCACGGUCCACAAGGCCAUCGGACUCCGCAAGUUCUGCAAAUCGUCCAACAAGAUCUUCCUCAAGAUGAUGCGCAUAGAACUUCUUCAGUGGAACGACAUUGAAAACUGGGAAGACCACUUGGGGCAGGUGCUCUACGACUUGCACGGACUGAAGCUCGGAGUCGGCGUGUGGGAGGUGCAGGACCAUGGUUGCGCGUACGACAAGCUCGAGAGGCGGCAGGCCAUGCAGCUUGUCGAGAAGGUGAUGAUUUUGGCCCAUCGCAUGCCAAUGAAGGACCUUCUCAAGUCCGACCUCAAGACGACAAUCGAGCACUUGCAGCAGGCCAUCGGCCAGACCAAGUCGACGCCGCAGAUGAUUCACAACCUGCGCAACUUUACCGAGAUAUUGAAGAAACCGAUCCAUCCCCUGCGUCUGUACCAGGCCCUUACUGGAGGUGUGUCGGUGGACGCGGUCGGCGUCCACAUACCAGAGGCGGGUCUGGCUAAGCAUGGGUGGUUCUUUCUGCUUGGCAUGAUUGCCUUGACCAAAUUUAAGGGCGUGGACCUGAACCGUCGGCAGACUCCAGGGGCUACAGACGACCUGCGAAUCGGCGCGACUUUUCUGAGGCUCCAGCUGCAGUUCACCGCCGACGACUGGCAGGCUUGGUUUCGGCUGGCCGAGUGUUUCGACUACGAGCUCGACGAAUCGGUGUUGUGGACGGCGGACAAGAUGAACAAGGAUCGCGCGGAGCUGGUCAAGUUUCAGCGAAACGCGAUCCAUUGCUAUACGCUUGCUCUGUCGAAUUCGCGGCACGCCGACGUGGAUGUGAGUGACGGAGACGCUUUGCACGAUUUAUACCACAAGUUUGCCAUGCGCCUAUACUCGUCUAGCCGGGAGCCAUUUGCCAUGGAGCCCUUUGAACACUCGGACCAGGAGAGAUUCUUCAUCGAGACUAUGGGAGCCGGCACGUUCAAGAGGAUCCUGCACGAUCAAAUGUCCGAAUACAAGGUCUGGAAGUUGGCGGCCAAACUUUUCAAAAUGGCCAUGGCCAGGAAGCCUGAUAACUGGAUGAACCCGUAUAUGCUUGCCAAGUGCUACUGGAAGAUGUACCAGACCCCGGCAGAGCGAUUGGACAAGACAGAUCAAAAGACGCCGAUCACCACCGAGCAGCUCCUCGAGACGCUCAAGAUGUCCGUCGAGGUGGCGACAAACGCGCGCAAAUCCCGCAACAGCGACCCCAUUUUGGAGCCGCAUUACAAGAUUGUUUCCAUCUUGCACAAGCUGGUCACCCGCGGCGACAUGCCUGCGGCAGACGCGGCCUCGAACCUCUCGGAGCAGCCGUUUGGGAUCCCGGUCAACCCAGAUGACCAUUACGCUGCCUUUUCUGAACCGGAGGACUGGGAAGAAUAUGUUAUUCGCAACUUGACUCGACUGCGGGACAAGGACAAGUCCAACUGGCAUCACCGGAUCGUCAUGCGACAUGCCAGGAUCCUCUUCGAGGAGGGCAAUGCAGCCGGGGACGGCGAUUGCUUCGUUGAAGCCAAGGCGGCUUUCGCCAUACUCAAGGAGAACAUGUUCACUAAAACGAUGGUCAUGAGUGUCUGGAAGUGCGACGCCGAGCGGCCUGGCCGCCAUCACGUCUUUACGGAGCAGUACGUGCGGUUCAUGACGGGACUUCUCCUCAUCAUGUCUGACCGAGUAAACCUGGAACUGCUCCUGCGACGUCUUCGGAAGAAGGGUGCCGACUUUUAUCAUUUUACCGACCUUUGGCAGUCGUGCUGCCUGGCGUAUCUGAAGCUCCUCCGGACGGCGCACAGAGUUCGCGCUGCCUCCGAGGACGCGUUCAAGUCGCUCCCGAGCGAGGAGUUUGAGAUUUUCAGCGAAAGGAUCACGCAGUGGGCAGCCGGCGAGGGGCCGCACAUUGCAGAACUCAGCUGCAUGAAGGAAGCAGUCGAGCUGAAGAAGCUGAAUGCCAACCUGAUGAAGGUGGCGCCCAUUGACGAUCUGAUCAACGACUGCUACACCAAGAUCUAUCUCGAGGAGGUCGCUGCCGAGCUGGAGGCGAUUGCUCAAGCGGAGUCAAAGCCGCCCAGCUCGCUGAGCAGCAUCUUGAAUCCGCCCAACGGCCGAGAGGGUCAGGCGGGAACCUCGACGCCGAAUGAUGUCGAAAAGUCUGAAGCGGCGCCGCGGGGCCGAAGAACAGUUAGGAGACCUGACGUCCUGCGUAAAGCCGAGCAAGCCGUUGUUCGCUCCCUGGAAGCACCCAGCAAGUCGCUCGUCUCGAAAAGUCGGGUCGGCAGCGUGUCGAGCAAGCGCGGCAGUCAGACGCCGGCCGUGGCUAUGAGCGAGGCCGGCAGCAGCGACCUGGAUGAUGACGAGGGGCCAGACGCGCAGGUGAGGAGAGAGGCUGGAGAAGAUGGCGACGAGGAGAUGAAGGACGCAGAUGCCACCGAGGAAGCCGGCGACGACGAAGACCACGGCGACAACCGGGCAGAGGGCAAGGACGACACGGAAGCAGGGAGCAUACACGACUCUGCAGACGACGAGAGCGAUCUCAGCGACGUGCCCGAGGGAUAUGACGAAGAAGUACCACCUGGUCUCAUGUUUCCCAAUUUGGGGCGCCCCGAUCACAGCGCCGAGGCAAGCGGGGAAGAGGCCGACAGCGAGAGCGAAGGGAGCGAUGCGGAUGAGACUGAGGAGCAGGAAGAAGAAGACGAGGAUGGUCACGGUCACGACGGUGAGGAGCACGAGGAUGAAGGUGAGGAUGACGAAGACGACGGUCAGGAGACGGAGGAGGCAGAGGAAGUAGAGGUGGGGGUGGAGGUGGAAGUCGAAGACGAGAACGGCGACGACGGCGAGGCCGAGACGGAAGACGAAGACACAGAGAUGGCCGAAGCCGACGCGGUUGAAGCGGCGGUCUACGCGGAGCCUGACGGGUAG